GUAGGUUGUGGUGCGGAGUUCUGGAUGUACGUGGGGAUAUGCGCCUUCUUGGUGCUCUUCGCCGCCAUCAUGUCAGGGCUGACGAUCUCGCUGAUGAGCCUCGAUCCGAUGAACCUGUCCAUCAUCAUGGAGAGCGGAACUUCUAGUGAGAAGCGAUACGCCGCUGCCAUCGCUCCGCUCAUUGAGAACAGGCACCUCCUUCUGGUUACCCUCCUCCUUGGCAACGCAGUGGCAGCAGAGGCUCUCCCGAUCUACAUGGACAUGAUCUGUGACACUCACCUUGCCAUCAUCCUCUCUGUGACGCUGGUGUUGGGCUGCUCGGAGAUCAUUCCUCAGGCGCUGUUCACCAAGUACAAACUGAUGCUGGGCGCCAAGUUUGCGGGCCUCGUCCAAACCCUCAUGAUCCUCUUCUGCUUUCUUUCAUGGCCCAUCGGCAAGCUGCUGGACCAUGUUCUUGGAGACGAUCAUGCCAUGAUCUACAGGAGAGCAGAACUGAAGGAGCUCACGGCUCAGCACUUGAUGGAUGAGGACGGGCACGGGACUUUGACUAAGGACGAAGUGCGCAUUCUUAACGGGACGUUAGACAUGGCGGGCAAGCAGGCGAAGGACGCGAUGAGGCCGUUGAAAGACGUGUACAUGAUCGAAGCCUCUUCACCUCUCGAUCGAACCACCCUUCGCAACAUCAUGGCGACUGGCUUUAGCCGUAUCCCCGUGUACCACAACGACGUCCAGAACGUGAUCGGAAUGCUGCUGGUGAAGGAUCUGCUGCUGGUGAAUCCCGACGACGCCGUCUCUGUCGCCUGGUCGGAGCGGGGACUAGUGAGAGGCAUCCGAAGGGUUCCAGAGUCGCUCCCGCUCUUCGACCUCCUCCAUCUUUUCAGGAAGGGAACCUCCAGGUUGGCCCUCGUGUGUCGUGAG